AUGGAUGAAGAAAUACCGGUUCGGGGUCGUUCAAGAAGAGAAGGGAGGACUGUCACUAAUCUUCACCAUUAUCGUGCAGAGAUUUUUUAUGUUUCUAUUGACAAAAUAUGUAUGGAGAUGGAUAACCGAUUUAGUGAAGGAAUUAACAUUGUGCUGGAUUACUUCUCAUGUUUUGACCCCAAGAACACUUUUUCCAAGUUUGAUGUUGAUAAGCUUGUUUGUCUUGCUGAUAUUUAUCAUGCAGACUUUUCUAAUGAUGAUCGUGGAACAAUAAGGGAGCAACUUGAGACUUAUGUACAUCAAGUGAAAAGGCAUGCUUCCUUUACUUCUUGUGAAGAUGUUCAAAUGUCGACAGUAUCCGUUGAAAGAGCUUUUUCAGCAAUGAAGAUUAUCAAGUAUAAUUUGUGCAACAAGAUCAACGAUGUGUGGUUCAAUGACUUGAUGAUAUGUUACACUGAACGUUAG